AAAGUUCAGCAACAAAUAAAUAAAAAAAAAUAAACAUCCAGGUUUCGAUUAUUAUAUGAAUUAUAUGACUAAAGCUUUAUGUAAUGCGCGGUCCCAUAUGUGAGCAGCCGCAGGUAAUGUUCUAAUGUUCUUCGUGGUUGUGGACUUGAUUUAGGACCAGAUCUUUGAAGAUAGCAUUAACACUGCAACUAUGACGGCUUUGUACAGCGUUCACCUAUUUUGUUCGCGUUAGUGCCUCACAAACCAAAAAAAAGUGCAUUAACUGAAUUUGAGGGCGGUUAGUCGAUUUUCAUAUCUCUGGGGAGAUAUAACGACAUUCAUUCUCAGGCCAGAAGCAGUGUGAACAGAUGUAUCGAUUUAUAUAAAGUUUAGUACGAACAAGAAAAGAUGUCGACCGAUCCAUUUACAAAUUUUUUAGACGACGGCGAAGAAGGCGUAAUCAUUGAUCCACAAGUUGCCGCAUUAGUUAACAAUGCUCGACUGGGCAAACUCCGAAAGAACGUGGCUCAGAACGCAUUCCAGGAUCGAAUAGACGCCUCGAAAGCACAGAAAUUAGCCGGCGCAGCUGCUGCCAAAAAAGUGAAAUCCCAACUGGCCGAUCGAGCAAUAGCGGCCGCUAAAGAUGCUGAAGGCGCUUUAGAAAAUAAAAUAAAAAUCGUUAAGGAAUUGGAGCAACAGUUGCACGAUAGCGAAAAGAUCGUAGCCGAAGAAACCAAUUCUUUACACAAUGCUCAAAAGACGGUCAAUAUUGCUUUUAAAACACUGCAACAGGCGAAAGCUCAGUUAAGCACUUUUUCAGAUGCCGUGCAAGCGGCUAAAAUCAACGUAGAAAAUGCGAAGAAAUCAGCCAACGGUGCAAAAUCCGAUAUGCUAGAAAAAGAAGAAAGUGUCCAUUCCAUCCGCGAUCGCAUUGAAAAACUUGAACAGCAAUUGGUCGUAACCAAGCAAGAUUUUAAGAAUACAAAACAAGCGGCAUAUGAAGCGGCAUGCAUUGCCCACGAGGCGAUAAAGAAAGCUGAUCGAUCACGUCGUAAAUUGCAACAACGGCACAUGAAUCGAUUAAUACAUAGAUUACAUCCCAAGUAUAAUAAUUUCGAGAAAUAAUUGUGAUUUAUCUGUGAGGAUAGUUAUGAAUGUAUCGUACGGUUGUACGAUUUAAUAUGUUCAAUGCAUCUAUCAGCUCAACAACAGAUAUAUUUUUCUGUCCUAUAGACGGACAUUCUGAAAGUACCUGCAGAACGCAAUAUUAAUAUCGAUUAGACUAACAACAAUUUUCUAUUAUUUUCUUUUUUAAUAGACUUCAUAGCCCCAAAACGCUUUAGCCCAAGAAUUUAUUUAAAUAAUAAUAAUAAUGAAUCUUUUUGAAGAACUGGAAGAAAACAGCCAGGGCUGCUAAGGCUGCCAAUAAUCUUGGUUUUAAUGAAGAAAGUCUGAUUAUUAGUC